UCUUGACCGAUCUUCCUUUCUUUCUUUUCACAACCUUUACCUUUCUUCUCUCCAAUUACACCCCCCGACUGCGGCAUAAUAAUUCGUUGCCAGCUUUGCUCUUUCAUCCAGUUUUGAUUCCGAAUCCCAGCUUUCCGCCUCGUGUCUUACAUUCGAUUCGUCGCAUCUUUUGCUGUGAAUCUGCCUUGGCAAUAGCUGCCGUUGGCCCCCACCACUGCUAGAGAGAAAGCACACCGACAAGCUCAUCAUCAUGGUCAAGGAGACCAAGCUUUACGAUACCUUGAGUAUCAAACCCGACACAUCGCAGGACGAGAUUAAAAAGGCAUACAGAAAAGCUGCUUUGAAAUGGCACCCUGACAAGAACAAGGACAACCCCAACGCCGCGGAAAAGUUCAAGGAGUGCUCGCAAGCCUACGAAAUCCUGUCCGACCCGGAGAAGCGCAAGAUCUACGACCAGUAUGGCCUCGAGUUCCUGCUGCGGGGUGGUGCCCCUCCACCCGAAGGAGGUCCAGGGCCCAACGCAUACCCGGGAGCAGGCGGCAUGCCUGGCGGCUUCAGCGGCUUCGACUUCGGAGGAGGUAUGCCGGGAGGUACUAGAACCUUCCACUUCAGCACGGGCGGCAACGCCAAGGGUUACAACUUUAUGAACCCCGAGGAUCUAUUUGCAGAGUUCAAGCGCAGUGGAGGCAUGCAUACCGGCGGCCCCGACGAUGACGACUUUGGUGGCUUCUUUGGUUCUUCGUUCGGUCCUGGUGCAGGCGGCCCGCGGUCAGGUCGGACAAGGACGAGAUCCGGGUUCGCUGAAUCACAGCCCAGAAACCGUGAGCCAACGCCCGAGAUUACCACUGUUGAGCGGCCAUUAGCUCUCACUCUUGAGGAGCUGUACAAUGGAACUACAAAGAAGAUGAAGAUUAAGCGCAAGACGUUUGAUGAAUCAGGCAAGCGCGUGCAGACAGACCAAAUUUUGGAAGUGCCCAUUAAGCCGGGGCUCAAGAAGGGUUCCAAGAUCAAGUUUAACGGAGUUGGUGACCAGGUGGAGGGUGGUAGACAAGAUUUACACUUUAUUGUUGAAGAGAAAGAGCAUCCCUUGUUCAAGCGAGAGGAUAAUGACAUUGUACACACCGUCACCUUGGAGCUCAAAGAGGCGUUGACUGGAUGGAAGCGUGUAGUCGCUACAAUCGACGGCAAGCAGAUCAGCAUAGACAAGGGCGGUCCAACGCAACCCGGAAGCGAAGAUCGGUAUCCGGGAUUGGGCAUGCCCAUGACAAAGAAGCCCGGACAACGCGGCGAUUUUAUCGUCCGCUACAAGGUCAACUUCCCAUCAAGCUUGACGCCGGAGCAAAAGACGCAGCUCAAGGAAAUUUUGUAAGAUUGGAAUUGGACGCUCAAUAGGCGCUUCUUGCAACGCUUGAAACAAUCGAAAAAAAAAAAGGGAAAAAGAAAUUACCACACAUAACGACAGAGGGCUUGGUAUGCGGGACAUGAACAGGACCUCGGGAGCCGAGCCGCACGAUCCUUUUGAGCAGGUUGGGAAUGAAUGUCUGCGCAUUCAGGCACAGUCUGUCAACUACACAUGGCGCGGAUGACGAUGAUGACGAGUUGGCGUGUUUUGUUCUUCUUUUCUCCUUUCUGUUUUUCUUUGGCCACUUUUGUAAUGUCAAGAGGAAUUGACAAGGAGUAGAGGCGUUUUAGGGAUGAAUUUCUGGCAGAGUUCAAGGCACGCGGAGGAUUCUUUGUUGGCAUGAGUGAGACGAUAGCAUCCAGGAUUUUGUGAUUGAGGAAUUGCAGGGGAUUUAUACAUUAUGUUUUAAGUUGGUCGGUGUUACGACGCAACACUUGAUAGCGGUUGAAAAGAAUUAUAUUGCUUUUGGCACC